AUGGCGACUCUGCCACCCAAUUCUCUGCUUGCCCGAUCCCGGCAAACGCGCUCGGGGCCAAUUGCCAAGUCGUCGGCCGCGCCCAUCGCACCCUCGAUAGCUUCGAACCCAGUCUCGACCACGCACCUGUCACUGUUCCUCACCAAUCUCCGCCUUCUCGAUUUACCCUCAUACCCCGACUGGCCGGGCUUGGAUGCCCAGACUUUCUCCGUCCAAAAGAAGCGCAUCCACUGCGUAGAAUGGACUCUGUAUCAGCUCUUUGUCCUCUGGGACCCAGAAGAGGCGCGAAAUAAGCUUCAACCCUUCUUCCCACCCCGGGAUCAUGUCCAGUCGCUGAACCUACGAGCCGCCCUUCUUCGAAGCCUCGAUCAAGCAAAGAAGAAUGGUGUUCUGGGUCGGGAUGCCGUCAUCCGCAAGACCAUGCUGGAUGAAUGCAAGGGCGAGCGACUUGAAGAAGUUCUCGCCGUAUUUUCGUCUGUCGUUCUAAAGAAGAUCGUUGCCCAAGUCUCCGAGGCAGAAGGCGAAUAUCCCGCUGUUGCCCAGCAGUUGGCAUUGGAAGACCGCGGGUACAACACUGAAAGGACGGAGCUUAUACCCCUUGCUCUCGCUCAUAGGGCUUCAAUCGCCAACGCGAUGCGGCGGAAGAACGAUGCGAGAAAGCAAUACAGCGGCCUGGCCGAACUGUUGAACUUGAAAGACGUAGCCAUCACAAGAAGAAGAGAAGAGAUCAAGGCCGCCAGUGAACUCUCCAAAGGUCGAGAUGUCCCGGACGACGUGAAAUUCGAUACCUGGAGAAUGGUGCGGAACAACUGGGCCGGGAACGAGCAGUGGAUGGAGACUCUCCUCUAUGGAGACUCCAAUGCGCGAAAGGACGGCUUGUUGUCGGUAUCGUUCGACAGAGUCUGGAGAAGUCUGCAGUCUGGUCGCUUAUCCGAACUGGAAGACCACGGCAAAGGACUUCUGGAACAGCUAGACGACCGGGUCAGGACACAGAGGGAGAGGCUGGCACAGUGGCGGCAUUUUCAGGCCAAGAUGUUUGGCAACAGGCCUAACCUUACCACAAACCCCGCUCCACAGCCUAAGAGAAUAAAGCGCGGCGUCAAUCUCGCAUUCGACCUUCACGAAAAUCUGCAUUUGGGGCAGAUGAGCUGGAGAAAACAGUUGGCCAAGAAAAGCCCAUCUCUUACAAGGGACUACGCAAGCCUCUUGGCCGACUGCGAGGCAGAGCUGGCUCAAGUAGGCUCGGCACCCCUGAUCGAUCUCUCGAAAGUAUUGGGACCGCGAACUCGCCAACCCGAGAAACCGGACAUCAAUGCCUGCGCAAGAGAGAGUCUUGGAGAAGAAACCGUUUCAGAGCUCAGCGAGCUGGAGGAUGACAUACAGGGUCUAAACACUGGACUGCGGCGCCUUUCGCCCCACGAUGAUGCUUCUCAGCCUGGCAGCCCUCCCUGCCGCCCGGCGCUCACAUUAUCUCACGAAACUAGAAGACCGAUUGGCAUAAAGCCCUCUUCCCUUAGUCCACCACUCCUGCCCCCUGAUUCACACACCGAGCUAUCCAUACCCCCACCGACCCCUCCUCUCCCAGAGGAGGAGGGGGUUACGGAGAAGCCGCCCAGUCGUCUUCCUAGCCCAUCUCCGCCGGAGAGAGAAAGAAAAGGUUUCAGCGUCACAUUCGAGGGAGAAGACAGCUCGCCAGAACCGCCCAAAUCUCCCACCCAAGAACUGGCAGACAAGAUUUUGAACGACAUGGACAACGCAUCGCCGUCGCCCAUAAAGCGGCCUAAGCCUAGGCAUACCUUGUCCCUUGCGGAACGGACGCGGCUCUCCAUGGUACGGUCUUCGCGGGGCAUCAGGUAUGAUCCAGACGAUGAAGAGGAGGAUGAUGCUCUGAGCCUGCAGCCCUCCCUUGCCAGCAUCAACCGCCAAAUGAAGGAUAUCACCAUCAAUGUUACCGACGAAGACGAUCUGGUGUCUCGCACGCGAAGGAGCAUGGCGGGUUUCGAAGCCUCUCGCCAGAAGGCUCAACUAGACAGGCAAAGGUCUCUGAAAAAGUCAAGAGCUCAACCAAAAACAGUCCCUGUCGUCGAGGAAGAGACGCUUCAGCUGGACCCGGACGCAUCCAUCCUGGCCGAGGAGCUGAUGACAGUUGAAGACAUGGAGGCGGUUUUCAGAAGCCGGCCACGGAUCAAGACAAGCCCAGCGCCCUCACCUUCCAGAAAAUCACUCCAGGACAGUUUGUAG